CCGUUUUAGCCAUGGCGCCCGAGCCCCGUUCCAACGGUCUAGACGGUACUCCGUUCCGGCGUUCCUGGCGUCCCCAGCGUUGCCAAAUUUCCACUUCCCCCACCACACCCUACGUUCCUGCUGUCGCAGCCAUCAUCGUCCAGCUCAGCUGUCUCUGCUCCCGGCUCGGUCUCGUUUGGUUUGGUGCCGUGCAAAAUUGUUUAUUUACCUUGCCUUGUGUAUGGACAGUCGGAACUGAUCAUCUUUUCUUCCCUCUUACUAAUUCUGAUUUACUCGUAGUUUCGUUUUGUGUCGGUUGUCCUGUCAGUCUCGUAAUGGGUAAGUACUGUCAGCUUUUCAUUCAAUCCAUAACCUCGCAGCAACCAUUAAUCCCCAAAUUUCAUUCGCAGCUUAUGAUUACUUUGCGGGACGUGAACGAAACCCUAUCAUAGAGCAUCGGCGCCGAGCUCGUAACGUCGGGAUCUGGCGUUACAGGAUGAGAGACAGACAGGAUCCGCUGGAUAUUACGGUAGAAGCUUUUGUAGAGCUGUACAGAAUGCCCCAAGAUGUCUUUUUGCUCCUUGUAGACUGCCUUCAGCCGUAUGCUCGUCGGUGUGUGAGCCCCCGUGCGUCUCCAUUCCAUUUGCGAUUGCUGUGUGCUCUCUUCUAUUAUGCGACUGGCAGCUAUCAAGAACACACAGGUUCCAAUGCCCACCAUCUACUAAGCCAAGCUGCUGUCUGCAACGCGAUAGAGGAAGUCACGAACGCUCUAAAUCAUCCAACAAUCCUGACUACAUUUGUGCGGUUUCCUGCAACCCACAUUGAAAGAGCUGCUUCUAUUGAAGUAAGUAGUCGAUUGGGCCUACCAGGUGUGUUGGGUCUGAUAGAUGGUACUCUAGUACCAAUUUUUCCACCUCGCAGACCUAACCAACACUAUUACAACAGGAAGAGGUUUACCUCAUUAAAUGUCAUGAUUGUUUGUGACACAAAUUUGAAAAUCUUGACGUUGGAUGCCAGGUAUCCUGGCUCUUCACAUGAUGCCUGGGUGUACCAGAACAAUCCCAUCAGAGCAGCCAUGCAGAGGGCCAACCAAGAGGAGGAUCGUCAUUGUUGGCUUCUAGGUGAUAGUGGUUAUCCCCUGGAGCCCUGGCUCAUGACUCCUUUACCAGAUGCACCCCGAGGUACUCCAGAGUACAACUACACAAAGGUCCACUGCCAGUGCCGAAAUCCAGUGGAGAGAUGUAUUGGUGUGCUGAAGAGCAGAUGGCGGUGUCUCUUCCUACCGAUUCACUAUUCUCCUGUGAAAAGUGGUAGAAUAGUCAACGCCUGUGCUGUUCUCCAUAACCUUAUGACUAGUCUUCGUGUAGCUGUUCCUCCAAACUACCACCUGCACCAAGAUGGCCCUGAUCCCGAGAAUAUACUAAAUCCAGAUGUGGUUGUCAGACUUCCUCCGCACCUCCACCGAGAAGCAGAUGAAAACCUUGCGUACUUAGUGCAACAUGCCCAUUGGCUUCGAAAUCAAUGAAGGGUUUCAUCUAUUGCAAGUUCCAACUUUUUAUCCUUGCAUGUUCUUUUUAUGAUCGGAAACAUAUCCUAAAACGUUCGCAAGGUCUAUUGAACUACAUAGACAACAACUCCUAAAAUUGAUAGUUUUUUCAUACUUUUGCAUUUGGAAUGUCAUGAACAGCUGUCACCUUAAUUGUGAGUUAGGUGAGCCAGAAUGCUUUGCUUUCAUACUCAAAAUCCUUAAAUAUUGGGAGAUUUAACUUCUCUUACACCAGCCUCCAGCCUUGUUCUCAUGUUUUGUAGGAUUGUGUAAAUAGGGCUAAUCAUUUUAUUGCUAAAGAAAUAAUUCCAGUACUACAUAUCUAACUGUUAAUAAUUAUUGAGUGAUAAACAUUUAUGACUUGUGAGAUCUUUAGCCACUAUGUUAAGAUGGUACGCCUUCUUAAUUUUUAUUGUUUGACUAUUUUGUUUCUUGAAUUUUUAGUAAGUUAGGAAACCUAGGUCAAUAUUUGAAUCAUUUGGUAAUGUUAGCGUUGGUAUUGGUGUUGAAUGGUAUUGCAAGACCAGUUUGAAAUUUUGAUGGGCCCAAAACUCUCUCUUCUCUCUGAAGGCAAAAGGAGAUCAGACUGAAAAGUAAUCUCCGCUCAUUUUCUAUUUUUUCCCUCUUGCAUUAUCAUUAGAAUUUUUUUCUGUUAAGCUUUUAAUAAAAGCCCAUUUUUAUUUUGUCUAAGAAAGCUGUAUGACAGACUGAUAAAUAUCUAUAAUUAUAAAGGUCAGCAAAUGGAAAUUAGAAGGAUAUGUUUGGUCUCUUUCAUUAUUAAGGGAUUAAAUUUAACUGCUCUUACAAGUGAUUUAUAUUUUCCUCUAUGACUGGGAUUUUUUCUCAAUAACUCUGUUACUAUGUGAUUUGUCUGUUUCUUCUUUCAUUGUAAAUGAAAUUUUGCAGAUUUUUGUUCUGUGAUACCUUUGGAAGUCAAUUGAAAUAGCCAUUAAAAAUUGGUGGCCGUCAAAUAGGAGGGUGUUCAAGGGGAACUCAAUUUUUGUGUUCAUGUACUAUAAGUAGUAUAGUUGGGUGAUUCCAAGUCCUCGUCUUUUAACACACAGCUCAGGAAUAAGCCUUCUCUUUUUAAGAUAAGUCGAUUGAUUAUACAUGUGCCUAGUUAGUCUUUUGUAAAUGUUUUUUUUUCCCCCUUUCUUGGGUUGUAUUUUCUUUCUGUAAAAUAUGGUGUUUCGUUAGUAGCCUAUCUUUCCACAGCAAAUUAUAAGUAUUUGAUCUUACUGCUGUGUUGGUACUGUGACAUUUCAAACAGUUUGUGUGAACAAUUUUGAAAGUUGUAUGUUGUUCUCUAUCUAAUAAAAUUAAUUUGCCAAAGAAACAUUUGUAAAUGUUUUGCUUCUCUAUUAUUUAUCAA